GUCAAACAAGUUGAACCACUCGUUUCGGAGCGUGUCAUUCUUUUUGAAAACUGUGUUGCAAUUUCACCUUUUAAUUUUACAUUCGCAUAGCAAAAAAUAUUUUUUCCAGUAGGGAAGAAAGUUGAAUCGACGUGUUUGGAUACUUGUUUUCUGAAAAUCUGAAUAGCUAGGAUUAACUGAUGACCUCAUAUUUAAAUCAUGCUCAUUGAUGUGUCUACACUUCUGCUUAUAUGCCAGUUCUUUCAUGAGUUUCCCCCUUGCUCUUUUCGUGUGUGUUACUUUGACGGAGGCGUGAGGGUGAAUCAAAACUUGCAAGACGCUUCGGUUUUUUAGGUUUCAAUACAAUUUCGAGGUUGUUCGUGUUGCUGGCUGCAAGAUGCAUUCCAGACGUUCAGGGAGCCCAAAUAUGGACCCGCUUCAAGCCAUGAGGCGGAUGGACUUCCCUUACUGUGUCCAUGAAGCUCUGAAAAAGCUUGACCAGAUAGUACACCAGGAACCAACACGACUGCGACCCAUUCAGCCGUUCGUACAGCUCCUUAUCAACGAGUUCAUCAUCUUUGACGGCACCGGUAACAGCAAGUUCAGGAGGAACCUUAACAACGUACAGAACCUACAGCUUCUUGAGGUUCUGGGCGACUACUUCAGCCUGCCAAACUCGGAAGCAGCGCGCGUCAUGGCGUUCAUGGUGCUCUUCCAGCCGGUGCCGGGACCCGAGGGGGCCGCCGGACGGCGCGUGUCGCUGCUGUGUCGACUUGUGUCGCUGGCUGUGUCCACUCGUAAUAGCCAGGUGCUCUCCUGUGCCGGCGCCUGGCUACUGCAGCAGGGCUGCACAUCGGCCGCCGCACUGCGGCUGGCCGAGUCACUCCUGGAGGACCACCUCCUGCCCCUACCCCCUCCUCCCUCCAGCUCCGGAGAGGAGACACCCGACCCCCCGGCGGCUGACAGUCUGCCGGAGCUGGCGCCCCUGUUCACUGCGGGGCUGCUGACGGCGCUGACACAUCUCUAUAGGGAUCUGCGCAGCCGCCCGCCGCCGCCGGAGCUUAUCUCGCAGGUGCUCCGCUGGCUGGAAUCGAGCCCCUCCCUGCCGCUGGUUCCUCUCUCCGGGACCGGCCCCGUGCCUCUGCCCAGCUCGGCGCCCCCGCCGGCCGCCGCCUGCCCGGCUGCUGGACUGAUGACGUGGUCGGUGCUGUCGGCUGCCGUGGGACCGUCCCAGACGGUGAAAGGAGCCGAUCAGAUGGCGAGACUGCACCUGCUGCUACUCACGUGUCUCCUGGAAGUGCCCCGGCUGCGACCUCAGUCGGGCGGCCGUCCGGCCCUGCUCACCCACGGCCAGCUAACGCGACUGGUCACUGCGCUAGAGUCGGCGGGUCUGGGGGCCGACCAGCCACCGGCACCCCAUCAUCAGCUGGCGCUGGACAGGAUGGCACAGCUGUUCCAGGUGGCGCUGGCCGUGGAGGGACUCGGACAUAAUAAACGCGAGAGUCUACAGCAGCUAAGUCGGCUUCGGCAAACGCCUCUCAUCCGUAUCGUGCUACAGCACAAUAGCUAACCAAAGCGCCCUCCCGCCCAACGGACCAGCCGACCAGCCACAACUCAUCCACUUGGAUACUACGGUGGGUCCGCCUUACGGCCUUAUCCCACCCGGGUCCCUGGUGGCACCCAUUGGGUCAAAAAAGUGUGAUCGGUGAAGUGCGUUUAAUUUGGUCAGAGUGUAACUACUAUGCUGUGGCCAGGAGCGAGGCUGGUUUCUUGCUGGAAUGAGCCGGCUAGCCAGUGUCUUCUAUUUCCCAUAGCGAUACUAGGUUCUGGCCUGGUCGAGCCUGAUCAGGCCUGAGGGUCUGUUUAGGUUAGAAACAGACCGCCGCCGAUGAAGAAAGGCUGAGGCGUUUGUUUAGAACGGUGAUCAAGCAUGCGAGCUCUGAAGCGUUCAUAAUGAAAGUGUCUUAUGUUAUGUGUUCAGCUAAAGUGUCCAUAUUUUGCCAUUGACUUUGUCCAAUCAAUACAUCAUGAUGCAUUGUA